AUGUCCGACGACAAGGUUGAUCAGAAGGGACGCUGUGUGUGUGGCGCUGUGGAGUACCAUGUGCAAGGGGAUCUCUUGUUUUGUUUCCUUUGUCAUUGCCGUGCUUGUUCUUGGGCUCUCUCGGUGAGUCCGGUGCACCUUGUGGGAGUCAAAGCGACUAUGGAAUACACCAAGGGCCAGGAUAAAGUCGUUAUCACCAAGGGACUUGGAAAGAUGAUUCUAGGUCGCUGCAAGGACUGUUUGGUACCUUUGUACCAGAAACCAGAAGAUGCCCCCUUUGUCGCACUCUUCCCGCCAGCGUUUCACAUUGGAGGAGAGGACUCCCUUGACCAGAAACUACCAGACAAGUACCACCCAAAGUGUCAUAUGAACUACGAAAAUAGAGCCAUGGAUGCAAAUGAUUCUCUACCAAAGUACAAAACGGGACCUCCAAACAAUCAAAUGAAUAAUGACGGGUCUUUGAUUCAACCAUAA